GAAGCCUCUGUACCCAUCAGGUCUCAUGCUGGCCUGAGGGGCUCUGAUGGAGACCCUCCUGGUGGCUGCCCCACCCCUGCACCCCUCCCCCACCUCAGCAUCCCAGUAGCUGUCCUGAGGUGGGGGGGGGAGAGGGAGUCUGGGACUCAAGCAUCUGGGACUCAGGUGGGGCUGCUGCUGCUGUGCAGGGUUGGCCACGGCCUGAGAAACGUGCCCUGCUCUCCCUCACAGCCUGACCAGAGCUGCAGCCCUUCCUGUCCCCACAUUCCUUCACUUGGCGCCCAGGUGUCUACUUGGUGGGUGUCCCGGGGGCUGGGACAGACCGCCUGCCGUGUGGCUGGGUGCCCCCUCCCUGCCAUGGGUCAGCUGGUGUCCCCCAGGUCUCUCCCAGGCCCCGACAUGCUCUUGGCAGGGGGCUGGGGAUGCUGGGCCAUGGCAGAGGGCCUGGAGGACUCUGGCGUCUCCCCCACCGUCUCUCCCAGCCCUGCUGGCCCUUGCUGCAGGGGUGCGGUUCUCACCUGCUUUGGGGAGACCGCCCGCUUAGUCGCGGCUGCAGAGGGUUGCCCAUGGCAUCAGGAUUUGGAGGGGCGGCUAGGAUGGUACAUCCCAGCCGUGGCCUGGGCCUUGGGGUCUGUACCCACGCGGGGGCGUCCACGGCUGCAGGUCCCGCUGUCCAGCACUGGCUUGGGAGUGGGGGGUCUGCAGCCUGGGUGGGGGGUGCUGUGGACUGAGCAGGGUCAGCUGCACCAGGGACCCCCCCGCCCCCUGUGAUAGGCCCUGUUGGCUGGCCUUGUCCCUGUGGUGGGACCGCAGGGCUUUCCUGCCGCGGCCACACGCGAGCCCCAUGGGCAAGCUGGCACCUUCAGGGAACGCUGGGCAGAGCAAGGUCGCAGGCAGCGCGGUGACCGGAAGAUCCCCCAGGGAGGCGGCUUUGAAGCCCCAAGGUGAGGGGCGGUGAGGGAUGCAGGGGGGCGGGGGGCUGCCCCGUGACUCAGUUUCCCCAGCCGCGCGACCGAGCAGCCUCAGCCCCAAACGGUAGGCGAGGACCGAGCUGUUCCGGGGCGUGUCCCAGCCGCGCGUGGGGGGAGCCCAGCGGCGGCGGCGAGCUCGCGGGGGCGGGCGGCUGUGGCUCCGUGACGCGCGCCGGCGGAGCGGGCGGAGCGGGCGGGCCGGGGCGGAGCGGAGUCGUCCGCAGAGCAGCCCCUUCCGGCCGCCGCCGACCCCGGCCCGGCCCCGCCUGGCUCUAUGGACAGGAGCUCGCUGCUGCAGCUUAUCCAGGAGCAGCAGCUGGACCCUGAGCACACAGGUUUCAUCGGUGCGGACACCUUCACCGGCCUGGUGCACAGCCAUGAGCUGCCCCUGGACCCGGCCAAGCUGGACAUGCUGGUGGCCUUGGCCCAGAGCAACGAGCGGGGCCAGGUCUGCUACCAGGAGCUGGUGGACCUGAUCAGCAGUAAACGCUCGAGCAGCUUUAAGCGGGCCAUCGCCAACGGACAGAGGGCGCUGCCCCGGGCCGGGCUGCUGGACGAGCCGGGCCUGGGUGUCUACAAGCGGUUCGUGCGCUACGUUGCCUAUGAGAUCCUGCCCCGAGAGGUGGACCGCCACUGGUACUUCUACCGGCACCGCAGCUGCCCGCCCCCCGUAUUCAUGGCCUCAGUCACCCUUGCCCAGAUCAUUGUGUUCCUGUGCUAUGGGGCUCGUCUCAACAAGUGGGUGCUGCAGACCUACCACCCCGAGUACAUGAAGAGCCCCCUGGUGUACCACCCCAGCCACCGCGCUCGAGCCUGGCGCUUCCUCACCUACAUGUUCAUGCACGUUGGCCUGGAGCAGCUGGGCUUCAACGCGCUCCUGCAGCUGAUGAUCGGGGUGCCCCUGGAGAUGGUGCACGGCCUGCUCCGCAUCAGCCUGCUCUACCUGGCCGGGGUGCUGGCAGGCUCCCUGACUGUCUCCAUUACCGACAUGCGGGCUCCUGUGGUGGGGGGCUCUGGUGGGGUCUACGCCCUGUGCUCCGCACACCUGGCCAACGUCGUCAUGAACUGGGCUGGGAUGAGGUGUCCCUACAAACUGCUGAGGAUGGUGCUGGCCUUGGUGUGCAUGAGUUCCGAAGUGGGCCGGGCCGUGUGGCUCCGUUUUUCCCCGCCACUGCCUGCCUCCGGCCCCCAGCCCAGCUUCAUGGCACACCUGGCAGGUGCAGUGGUAGGAGUCAGCAUGGGCCUGACAAUCCUGCGCAGCUAUGAGGAACGCCUGCGGGACCAGUGUGGCUGGUGGGUGGUGCUGCUCGCCUAUGGCACCUUCCUGCUCUUUGCCAUCUUCUGGAACGUCUUCGCCUACGACCUGCUAGGCGCCCACAUCCCUCCACCACCCUGAUGGGCUCCCCAAGGCCCCACCGGGUCAGGGCACUGGUGUGUGCGGGCUGGCCGCCAGGCGAGCCUGCACGUCUGCCCUCUGUGAAUGUACACCUUGAGACUGCUUCUCCUCUGUGGGGGCAGGUGGCCCUCGCAGCCCACUGAGUCCAGGCCAAGCCUUACAUCAGCCCUGGCCACCCCCUCCCAGGCCUGGGGACAUAGGACUCCCUGGCUAGGCAGUGGAGGUCCCCAAGUGUGGCCCUAGAGGAGACCCUGCCCCGGCCUCUCCCACACGACUUGCGGUCUGAGCCUUUUUGAAGAAUGAAUAAAUAUUUUACACAGCA